GCUGGUGCAGCUGGAUUUGGUGGCACUGCUUGAACCAAGUUUUCUCUGUUCCUGCCCUCUGGGCUGUUGACCCUUGUCAAUUUUCCAGUUUGGUUGUAUUGGGUUACCUGAAGUCUGAGUUGCUUUGUGGAAAGAGAAACUUCUGCAUGAAGGGACAGACUGGGAUCAUGGGAGGUAGAGAUGGAGCUCACAUCUUCAUGUUCUCGUUAUCCUUGAACUCCAGACACAAGUGGAUGAUUAUCAAUGACAUUAUCAGUUAUCAGACAUUAUCAAUGAGUCAAGUAAUAGAAUUACUGUGGAGAUUGCAUUGUUUUCCUAUGGAAAAUAAAAUCCAUAAGAACAAUAAAAUGUAAUAUUAUUUCCAGCACCUGGACUAAUGGGGUAAAAGCAAAGGAUUUUUCUACAUGGGAGCCUUAGAGAAGCCCAACAGUACAAAACAAUUAUCCCCUAACUUCAAAAAAUAAAAAAAUUCCACUAGUGCCUGGAAGAAACUGCGAGGCUUCUCUCCACCAACCCAUCCCCUGAAAGCCUCCACUCCUCACAGCAUCCAGUCGUCUUCCUUCUCAAACAUAAAUGCUGCAUGGCAGUUCCACACCUUCACCAGAGCCAUCACUUGAAAGGUCUGGCACUCUCUCUCCAUGAGUUGCUUUGGGGGCUGAACAGUUGCAAUGAUCCAGAACUGAAGAUUCUCUGCAGUGAAAGAGGAAAUCCUAGGAAUAGCUCAACUUCCUGAAAGAGCCUGCCAAUAGCCCAUGAGAUCUUGUAUCCAAAGGUAGGGAAAAACAGUCAGAGAUCUGUGGAUUUUACAUAAACUUAGAUGAGAAGAAGAAACUCACUUUCUGUAUCCAGGCAAAGUCAAUUUCACAGCAGAUCUCAAGACAAAUUGAGAUUUAGCCAUUUAGGACUAAAUAAAAAUAGACUUGACCUUCACUUAGGGGUAUAGUUUUAAGUCAGAGCUGCUAUUUUCCAGACUGGACUCCUGUGCAAAUCAAGUUAUGGCCUCUGCUUCAUGAGAGCUGCUCACCUCUGACCAGUUUGAAACUGGCACCUUAGGAAGAUGGAGGUGGCUGGAAAAUUGUUCCAAUAGGACAUAUGUGUCCCUCAGUCCAAACAGAACUUUGUGAAAAAGGUGAACCCUUCAGAUAGCUGUCCACUAGUUCCAAAGUCUGAGUUUGGUUAAUUUGUACAUAUUACAUCUCCAGACAAAAUUUUUGAGUGUUUUCUCAGUAGAAAACUUUUCAUUAAUGAAAGCAUCACAUUUACUUUUAUAGGCAUAUCCCACAAAAAAAUCUAAGCUUCUCCCCCUCCAUUUUUGUUAAUUAUAUAUAAAAUAAUAAAAUAUUACAAGGGUUAUUGAAAGGCUUGUCAUUCAUUUCCUAUCCAAGGCACAGAACGAGUUGUAGGGGGAGCUGGGGACCAGAAGCCAAAAGCCCAAACAUGGAAAUGAUACUGUCUUUUAGUUGAGAUGAAGAGCAGGUACCAUCAAAUGAAGCUAUCUUGGGUAAUCUGGCAUGAUGUGGUGUCAAAAAAGCACACACAGUGAGUCACUAGGAGUGUAUGUACAAAUCAGAGCUUGCCCUGAUCCUCUCCCCCGUCCCACCACGGGGGGAGUGAGCUGGCAGCUCUGUGGUGCUUGCCUCCUGGCUGGGCUUAAACCACGACAAGUACAGAUGAUUCAGUUCUGCAGGAAGAGAAGUGAAGAACAAAGCCUAGCACUGUUAGUAUUACAAUAUUUUUCUUGGUAAGGUUGUUGUGGAAAAGUAGCAGCAGGUCCCUGAUCAAUAGUGAUGGAUAGGCAACAAAUGGAAGUCAAACCAAAAUGUAGUCAUGGCCUGAGAAGACAUGGAAUAUAUGCAAUGUGUCUCAGCACUUUGCUCUAAAAUUAUAGAACAAGGCUGUGUAGCCAGAACCAGCAUCUGACCUUCCACUUCUUUUUUUUUCCCAAGAAAAAAACUGAAGACUCUUGCCCAUCCUUGACGUAUUCCAUACCUACUGCCAAAUCUGCACUCCCCCACUCAGACAUAAUCCCAAAAUAGGGUGUGAUGCCUUUCCCGUUGACAAAGCCAUAAGUCACAGUGAGCAAGACACACUCAACGUUCUCCAAUCAGUUAAAUGAAAAGAGCUCUCCCCCUCUGUUUCCCACCAUUUCAGUACUCAUUAUAUCUCACAUUAAUUAAUACAGGCACUAGGAAGUGAGAUGAUAAAUUACAAAACCCCAUUAACCCGAUUCUGUCCAAACUGGUAAAAUAUGGCAGCUUGUACAUUAGACAAAUCUUCCUUGCUAACGUGGGAGUCCUCAUGCCUGAACUCUGUUAAAGCAACAGCCCCGAAAAAGUAUUUUUAAUGUGUGUAUGUAUGGAAUGUCUAUCAACGUGCGUGAACAGUGCACGCCUGUGGGAACAUCAGAAUUCAUUAGAUCAGUCUGAUAUGAGAUACAUUGAACAGGUUCCAUCUGACUUAUGUUACUGGGCUGUUCUGUCCACUCCCAGCGGAGUGAAUCAUAUUGACAGGUUGAAUUAUAUCUCAAGAGAUAUUUUUCUCCCCUCCUCCAAAGGCCAUUUGCAAUCACGGCACAUCCACUGCCUCUUAAAAGUGAGCUCAUCUGGCGCUGGUUGCAUUGAAGUCCUCCACCGUGCCUGAAGGAAGGAUGCUUUUGGGCUCUGGGAACGUGGAGAAGAUGUGGUCUGCCCAGCUGUGUCUGGGAGUGCUGACCAUCCUGACCAUGGCUCUGUGUGUCCCGUCAACACAUGGAGACCCUUUUUUACUCCAAGAGAACCGAGUGCUUCCAGAGAGAGAAGACACAAAUCAUGAGAACACAUUGCUGACUCUGCUUCUUAAUAAGAAAUUUGCCUGGCGGAGGCCAGAAAAUAUUGACUGGGAGCUGGCAAAGAAAUUUGAAGAGCUUGAAGAGCUGGAGAAGUUGAAGGAUCAGCUCUCAGCUGAGGAUGGGUCAGAGGUGGCCUAUGCCUUGGAAAGUCUCUCAGCAUCCCAGCCCAAAAAACGCGCCUGCUUUUGGAAAUACUGCAUCUGAAGGCUUGUCAGGACUGGAGGAUGAAGAUGAGCCCUUCCCCAAACCGCCUUGCUGGGUAUUAACAUGUUGAGUUUGUCCUGUUCCCUCAUCGUGCUGCUAUCUGGAAGCCAUCCUCCAUGAGUGCACCACAGCCAAGCCUGGCAGGGACUGUGACAGGAGCUGGCAGCCCACUGCCACUCUCUGCUGUUCCUUUCUUCCAGGUUUAACCUGCCAUGGUCUUCUGCUCAGAAGAUGCUUCCCAACUUUCUGUGCUGUCCUGUGUGUGCCAUUCAGGCUGCUGCCACUGCACAUUCUCCCCCUUCUCACCAGUCCCCUGAGGCACUGAGCACUAACUCAGCUUCCCCGGGCUUGGGGCUCUGCCCACACCUGCAGACAUUGCUCUCAGCGGUGUCUGGGUUUCCUGUCACCUCCUGAGCAGGUCUGUGCUGCCCUGGUGGUGCUGUUGGGACAAGAAGGCAGGCUGGGUGUGAUGUGGAGGGCUCAGGGUCGGAUUGCUGAGCCAAAGCUGCUCCUCGCCGUGUCCCACAGUGUGCACA